AUGGGACGAAGAAUUGCCGGUUUUCUGGCGCCAACAUCGGUAGUUAAUCUGCUGGCCAUAAUCAGCACCGUCUUCCCAGCUGCCGCAGACGCAGCGUAUGUACAAUGGAUACGCUGCCCCGAUGGAAAUGGAGGCACGCAGGGGUUUAAGGACCUCUGGCCAACAUCGACGACGGCGCGCCUCAUCUCCGACCGUGACCCCGUUGCGCAGUCCGGUCCGAAGCUAGAAUUCGAUAUCAGGGCCGAUUAUGCCGGCGAGGCGACGUGUACAAAGCUUCUGCAGGGCGGCCCGCCAGAUGUAACGGUCAAACUCGAUGCGCUGGGCUUGUCAGAGACAUAUGUCGUCCGCCCUAUGAACUGGACGUGCUUGUCGUUUUGGGACAGGCCUGCUGUGGAACAAAAUUUCCUAAAGAACCAGUCACCCGAAAUACGACUGGUUGCGCAACAUGACGUCGGCAAGCUUGGGUUGCUGCCAGCAUUUUCAACGCAGUUCAUCUUUUUUCUAGGUGCUCUUACACUUCGGUACCCCGGCUUCUACCAACCGAUCACCAGUCUACUCCAUUGGUCCGCACUAUUCAGUCCCAUCGGCCCCUUUGGCCAGGAGUGGAGGUACGAUGGCGUGAAGGACGGCAUCUAUGAGAUCAACGGUACGCUCACAGGGACGUACGGCCUAGAACUCAUGUCACAAAUCACGGGUGGACCGGUGACCACGGACGUUUGGUGGAACAUGGUUGUCAUCGCGGCUAUCAUCACCGGUGUUGUUGCCGUGUUUGUCUUCCUCCAUAAACUUCUCGCACAGCAUGCUCCAUCUCUCAACUGGUUGGCCACAUAUGAAUAUCCGGGCGGCGAGGGCCCAACCUCUGGCUCGGCCUUUGCUCGUGGGAUGUGGAACGUGCUACGAGUCAUCCUCAGCUACUUCCUCACCCCUAUCGUCGCCAUCUCAGCCUACCAGCUCGACAACCUCCUGCUACCAGCAUACCACCUCGCUCUCGCCUCCUUGUUGAUUGUUCUAGUAAUAGGCGGUCUGAUAUGGAUGUGGAGGAUUGCGCCUUCAAAUCAGCUGGGAAUCCUGCUUCUGGACCCGUCAAAGCGAUAUCGCCGAGUCAGUACGGAUGGCACAGGUAGUGAUGCCGACUUGGAACGGCCAGAGAAGGCCAGGGACCUUUUUGUGGCCAUCUUCUUCUUGCUGGCGUUUGUUCGAGGGAUCACAAUUGGUGGGCUCCAAUUCUCGCCACUUGCGCAGGUUAUCGUCCUGGCCGUGGCCGAGCUGUCCCUGCUCGUGGCCACGGCGGUGCUCCGGCCCAUGAGACGGCGGAUCUUGUCCGUCUUCGUCGGGUCUGGCGUCGUGAGACUCGUCAUCGUCGCACUCACGGCUGUCUUCCUCCCGGAGUUGGAUGCCGACAUAUCGACAAGGAGCGGUGUAGGGGUAGCCAUUCUCGCCCUCCAUGCCGCCGUCUUGGUGUUUGGGUGCGCUGUGCCAGCCGGGAUUCGUAUCGCCAGUCUCGUUAGCACCAGCAAAGCGCCUGCUGAUGAACCCGAGAUAUACGGGUUAAGUCAGCUCCGACGGCGCAGCUACGCCCUCAACAACCUCUCCGUUGCCCCCCUACGCUCCCCUGCACCAGCAGGCCCCUACGCCUCGCCAAGGACGGACCAUUCAACCUCCUACCACGGCCACAGCCUCAGCGACGCCAGCAGCGUCUUCUACCCCAACUAUAGCUCAUCCCCCGACGGGCCCUAUCUCCGCGCGGUGCCCCAACACCACUACUUCCGCCCACCACGAACCUCCUCUUCCACCAGCCGAACCCGCCCCCACGCCUCCAGCAGAAUCACCUCCCACCCCCCAUCAACAUCAAGCCCGCGAACCUCCAGCUCGCAACGCUCCUCCUCCCAAAGCGGCAGCUCCCCGCGCGCCGCCCGAUCCUCCCUCCUCCCCGCAACAAGCUCCCCACGCUCAGAAACCUCCAGCUCGGAGGGCUCCGAGGGCGCCGUCACGGACACCUCCGAACUACCGCUCUACACCCCGCAAUUGGCCAACUACGCCUUCCGCGAGGCAGACCUGUACUACGGGCACGGCCGGCCCCGGCGCACCGGCACUUUUGGCCCCGGCGCUGCCGCCGCUGGUCGUGGGGGUGUCAGUGGGGGUGGUUCGGCUGCGGUUGCGCCGGCGCCGGGGAGCCAGCCGUCAACGGUUCGCUGCAUCGUGUCGGGCAUGCGGGACCAGCUGAUGGGACGCAGGUCGGCGUCGGUGGAGAGGCGGGGGGCGGGGAAGGGGUUUGAGGUGAGGAGGCCGCCGCGGCCGGGGGGGCUGUGA